AUGGACGCGCCAUACGAUUCACAACCUUACCUUACAUUAAAAGUUACGCGUCAAUCGGGCCCAAUAUCCAAAAAUAAAAGAGAUUCCUCAACAGAGCCUUACUUUGGCGUUGCAGCUGAUCCCAAGCCCUUUAGCGUAAUUACUCAGCCAACAAAAAUUUUUAUGAAAGAAAUUACUGAAAGUGAAACGUCAUCCUCAGUAAAUUCAACCACAAACAGUUCAACAGAUAACAUAUACUUGGGCGCAACAUUUGAUAGCUACUUCACUAUAACCAAUGAAUCAAUCCACUAUGUUCGAGAUGUAGGUUUAAAAAUAGAAUUACUAACUUCCUCACAACGCUUAUUAUUGGCUGAUAACACAGUAAACGGCUCAAUUCCGCUAAUAGAACCUGGCAAAGUUAAUGAAUUCGUUAUAAAACACGAAAUCAAAGAAUUAGGUGUUCAUAAUAUAGUUUGUUCGUAUCAAUAUACGACGAAUGAGAGUGAAAAAAAGUUCGUUAAAAAGUAUUAUAGAUUCCAUGUAUUAAACCCUUUUGCCGUGAAAACUAAAGUUAACAAUAUGGGCAAUGGAACGGUGUUUUUGGAAGUACAAAUACAAAAUGUUGCAGAAAGGUUUAUGUAUUUAGAAAAAAUGAAAUUUGAACCCGGAGAAGUAUUUGAUUAUCAAGAUCUGAAUUACGUUGUUGAAAAUGGGAAAGUUGAUGAAAUCAAAAAAAAGGACAUUAGUGUGAUGAAGAGCAAAAUACAAAACAAUGAACGAAAUGACAACGAAGGAAUUAAUUUAGUAGAAUUACAGGACGACGAAAAUUCUAGUAAAGCAACUAGUGAAUCUAAAGAUAAUUUGGAUGAAGAGCAAGAAAUAAAAGGAUCAGAGUCGACACAACAAGAACGACGGUAUAGCAACGAAAAAUCCAUAACAUCAUCAAAUCAAUCAGAACUUACAGUUAUACCGCUGGAACAGGAAAGCAUAUUUGGAAAUAACAGUUAUCUCAAUCCUCAUGACGUUCGUCAAUAUCUAUACAUGCUAACACCAAAAUCUGGCAUAGAAGAUCGGAUAGCACGUACAUCAAACGCACUAGGAAAACUUGAUAUUGUUUGGAGAUCAAAUUUGGGAGAAACUGGUCGUUUACAAACAUCACAACUAUCACGUAAAUCUCCGGUGCUCGAUGAUAUAGAAUUAUCGGUAACAACAAUUCCAUCAUUGAUACUACUCGAAAUACCAUUUAAAUUAGGAUGUCGAAUUAGAAAUCGAACAACAUCAACAUUUAAAGUAUUAAUUUCGGCGAUAAAGAAUAAGAUGGGAUCAGUAUUGCUAAGUGGACCAAGCAGUGAAAUGUUGGGUGAAUUAGUACCUGACGGAACUAUUGAUUUUAAUUUAGAAUUUUUCCCAUUAAGUCCUGGGUUACAAAGAGUUGGUGGACUAAAGAUUAUGGAUAUAAUUUCUGGAUAUACAAAAGAGAUUGAUCAUUUUACUGAUAUUUUUGUUUUGUUUUCUCAGUGA